GUUGUUGGAUCUCCUCCAUUUUGUAAUGAGAAGACCAUAACGGCACAUAGGAUGAGUCAGCAGGGUUAUGUUGCCACACCUCCCUACUCCCAGGCCCAGCCUGGGAUGGGGGGCUACCCAGCCGGGUUUGGGAGCGCGCCUGCCCAGCCCCUCUAUAGACACUAUGGGGGACCACCUCAAUCAUUCCCCGCCCCACCAACAGGUAAAGCCACGUGCCUUUGGUCUUCCAUUCCUCCUGUGAAGUCUUCUGUUUAGUUGAUCAUUUAACAGGUCUGAUCUUGUCAGUUUGGAAGUGUACAGUAGCAAUUGUUCAUGAACGAGUCAAGCGAUGCAGCUUCAAUUGAAAUUACCACAUUUAAGCCUAGGGAUAUGUUUUUUUUUUCUGUACGGCCAUGCUAUUGUGUCAUUAUUUAGGUUUGCCCAUGUUUGUACUGUACUCUGUAUGUAAUGUGUGACCGUAAGAGGAUGCUUUGUGGACGGACAUGCUAUUGCCAUAGCAUUUAGAUUAGAUGUUUUGCUCAGGUGCAUGCUUUGUAUAUAAUGUGUUACCAUAAGAGAGUGCUUUACCUUCCAGGGAUGAUGAAGCCUGUGUCGUCCCCCUCCGGCAUGCCUCCAACACAGGUCCCCAGCCAUUACGGUUCAAACGGCCAGCAGAACGGCGCGCACCCUCAAAGGUAACAGAGCCUCCUCCACCGAGUCCAUUUACUACAGUAACAUUGUUAUGGUCCAAUUCUACCCUUCUCCCUGAAGUAUGCACUUGAUCUGUCCCCCUCAUGGAAUUUGAUUUAAUUUAAAGGGAAAGGACUGGUGCAGUACAUGUGCUAUAAACGCCCUCUAGCCAAUGUUAACACCAAUUAAUUGCUUUCAAACCCAUGAGUGGGAGGGAGAAAGUGCACACUUCAGGUAAAAGGGUAAAGAAUUGGAAGGCAACCAUCUGCAUCCCAAUACUCUUAGUGCAUUCCUCUUCCAUUUUCUUCAUGACUAAUAGGUGAAAGGACUGAGUUGGUUUUCCUCUGUACUUUCAAAUCAGUGGUGAUUAAGGAAAAUAAGCAAGGCAAUGAAGCUAAUUGAUACUAUUGGAACAGACUAAAUAUUUAGCUCUUUGUUUACUUUCCUCCAGCUACCCUGCCCCUCCAUACGGACAGCCGCCUCAGUCCCCCUACCACAGCACGGCCCACCAGGGCCCGCCCCCAGCACAGCAGCUCACCAAUCAGAUGGGUGCCAUGAACCUUGGAUAUGGUAAUUAAUCACUGAACUCAAGACUGUUGUUUUAAGGAUGGUUAGGGCAUCCCAUUUAGCUGGUAUACAAGAUGCAAACCAACUCCCAAACAAGUUAAUAAGUAAACUGCCUUGAUGCCCAAACAGUAAAAUGGAAGCUUUUAGGUAGAUCUACUCUUCUUACUAGUGUUAGUCUAUAUAUUUAUGGCGUUGUCAACAGAGGCACCACAACUUAGGUACACUAGCAUGCAGUAUGUUAUUGUUAAGGCUUCAGUGUGUUGAAAGUUGUUCACCCUUCCCUUGCUUUUCCUGCAGGUCCAGGCCCCAUGCAGAGCCAUCAGGCGCCCCCCACCUCCCCCUUAAUCCAGCAGCCAUUCCAGACCACCCCUCCCCCAGCCAUGGGACACCCACCACUGGGCCCCCCACCUACGGGUCCUCACUCGUCUCAGAUGGCUCCCCCACAGUCGCCCCUAGCUGGUCCACCUAUGGGAGGGCCCCCAUCUAUGGGUGGCCCCCCACCCAUGGGAGGCAUGGGUAGGCCCUUCCCUGGCCCACCCCCUCCAGGUGCUGGGGGAUUCCAGCAGCCUGGGCCUGGAGCAGCCGGACCACCAGGAUACCCUCAGCAACUACAAGGUACAGAUAGCACAGUAACCUGGAGCUCAACAGUGGCCAUUUCAAAGCUUUAUGGAUUUGUAGGGCCAGUUUCCUGGAGCCAGAUUAAGCCUAUUCCUGGAAUGAAAAUAGGUUUUCAGUUCAGGGAUAGGAUUAAUCUGGGUCCUUGGAUAUGGUAACUCACUGUAGAACUCAAGCUUAUUGUAUUGAAUGUGGCCAGGAAUGUGCACAAAUUGCUUUUGGAGGACUGUACCGCUAAUUGUGUUCUUGCCAAUAGGAUUGCACCAGGUGCAGGUCACCAGAGCCUGACACUGUGGAAUUGUUUGUGUGUCACAGGUCAAUUAGGGGGGCAGAUGGCGGGACCUGGGAUGGCGGGACCUGGGAUGGCGGGACCUGGGAUGGCGGGACCUGGGAUGGCGGGACCCUUCCAAGGUGGGGCAGCCCAAAUGGCCGGGCCACCUCAGAAAAAGCUGGAUCCUGACUCCAUCCCUAGCACAGUGAGUUCAUAUUUAAUUAUCCUGUGACUUGAUUUGGCUACUUCACAUACAGUAUAUAUGACUUACAAAUGACGAAGUCAACCCUGUUUAUUUAUUUAUUUAUUUCACCUUUAUUUAACCAGGUAAGCCAGUUGAGAACAAGUUCUCAUUUACAACUGCGACCUGGCCAAGAUAAAGUAAAGCAGUGCGAUUUAAAAACAACAACAACACAGAGUUACAUAUGGGAUAAACACAACGUACAGUCAAUAACACAAUAGAAAAUCUAUAUACAGUGUGGAUUGUUGUCAGGCAAACGGCAAAAAAGCAACAGCAGCAUGUGAAUUUAUACCAUACCAAUCUGUGUCCUUUAACACACACAGCCAGCAAAAACAGACAGAGCGGAACUGAUUGAAAUCUUUCACCCAGCCUGACUGCUUGUCAAGGAAAUGGCUCACCACAGUAUAAGCUUUACUGACAAUGCACCUCUCUGGUUUAGACACAAGUCAUCGAAGACGACCAAGCCAAACGAGGGGGACAGGUGUACACUACGAACGUCAGGGGCCAGGUGCCCCCGCUGGUCACCACUGACUAUACAGUACAGGACCAAGGUAAGGCACAGGAAUACCAGUGUACAGUACUGCAAACACAAACCUGUCAAUAUCUGUAUUUAGCCUUACUUCAACACACUUCAAAUCAAAUUUUAUUGGCCACAUGCGCCAAAUACAACAGGUGUAGACAUUACAGUGAAAUGCUUACUUACAGCCCUUAACCAACAAUGCAUUUAUUUUUUAGUAAAAAAGUAAUAUAUAAAACAACAACAAAAGUGUUGAGGAAAAAAAGUAAAAUAAAAUAACAGUAGGUGAUCGGGCCUACCACUGUUGUGUCGUCGGCAAACUUAAUGAUGGUGUUGGAGUCGUGCCUGGCCAUGCAGUCAUGGGUGAACAGGGAGUACAGGAUGGGUCUGAGCACGCACCCCUGAGGGGCCCCCGUGUAGAGGAUCAGUGUGGCAGAUGUUGUUACCUACCUUUACCACCUGGGGGUGGCCCGUCAGGAAGUCCAGGAUCCAGUUGCAGAGGAAGGUGUUUAGUCCCAGGAUCCUUAGCUUAGUGAUGAGCUUUGAGGGCACUAUGGUGUUGAAUGCUGAGCUGUAGUCAAUGAAUAGCAUUCUCACGUAGGUGUUCCUCUUGUCCAGGUGGGAAAGGGCAGUGUGGAGCGCAAUAGUUGAUUGCAUCAUCUGUGGAUCUAUUGGGGCGGUAUGCAAAUUGGAGUGGCUCUAGGGUUUCUGGGAUAAUGGUGUUGAUGUGAGCCAUUACCAGCCUUUCAAAUCACUUCAUGGCUACAGACGUGAGUGCUACGGGUCGGUAGUCAUUUAGGCAGGUUAUCUUAGUGUCUUUGGGCACGGGGACUAUGGUGGUCUGCUUGAAACAUGUUGGUAUUACAGACUCAGGGACAUGUUGAAAAUAUCAGUGAAGACACUUGCCAGUUGGUCAGCACAUGCUCUGAGUACACGUCCUGGUAAUCCAUCUGGCCCUGCGGCCAUGUGAAUGUUGACCUGCUUAAAAGUCUUACUCACAUUGGCUACGGAGAGCGUGAUCACAUAGUCAUCCGGAACAGCUGGUGCUCUCAUGCAUGCUUCAGUGUUGCUUGCCUUGACACGAGCAUAGAAGUGGUUUAGCUCGUCUGGAAGUCUUGUGUCACUGGGCAGCUCGCGGCUGUGCUUCCCUUUGUAGUCUGUAAUAGUUUUCAAGCCCUGCCACAUCCGACGAGCGUCAGAGCCGGUGUAGUACGAUUCAAUCUUAGUUCUUUAUUGACUCUUUGCCUAUUUGAUGGUUCGUCGGAGGGCAUAGCGGGAUUUCUUAUAAGCGUCCGGGUUAGAGUCCCGCUCCUUGAAAGCGGCAGCUCUACCCUUUAGCUCAGUGCGGAUGUUGCCUGUAAUCCAUGGCUUCUGGUUGGGGUAUGUACGUACGGUCACUGUGGGGACGACGUCAUCGAUGCACUUAUUGAUGAAGCCAGUGACUGAUGUGGUGUACUCUUCAAUGCUAUCUGAAGAAUCCCGGAACAUGUUCCAGUCUGUGCUAGCAAAACAGUCCUGUAGAUUAGCAUCUGCGUCAUUUGACCACUUUUUUUUAUUAACUGUGUCAUCGGUGCUUCCUGCUUUAGUUUUUGCUUAUAAGCAGGAAUCAGGAGGAUAGAGUUAUGGUCAGAUUUGCCAAAUGGAGGGCGAGGGAGAGCUUUGUAUGCGUCUCUGUGUGUGGAGUAAAGGUGGUCUAGAGUUUUUUUUUUUUCCUCUGGUUGCACAUUUAACAUGCUGGUAGAAAUUAGGUAGAACGGAUUUAAGCAUUAAAGUCCCCGGCCACUAGGAGUGCUGCCUCUGGAUGAGCGUUUUCCUGUUCACUUAUGGCCUUAUACAGCUCAUUCAGUGCAAACUUAAUGCCAGCAUUGGUUUGUGGUGGUAAAUAGACAGCUAUGAAAAAUAUAGAUGAAAACUCUAUUGGUAAAUAGUGUGGUCUACAGCUUAUCAUAAGAUACUCUACCUCAGGCGAGCAAAACCUUGAGACUUCCUUAGUAUUUGAUUUUGUGCACCAGCUGUUGUUUACAAAUAUACACAGACCGCCACCCCUUGUCUUACCGGAGUCAGCCGUUCUAUCCUGCCGAUGUAGCGUAUAGCCCGCUUAGCUGGAUGUUGUCCAUGUCGUCGUUCAGCCACGACUCGGUGAAACAUAAGAUAUUACAGUUUUUAAUGUCCCGUUGGUAGGAUAACCGUAAUCUUAGGUCAUCUAAUUUAUUCUCAAAUGAUUGAACAUUGGCUAAUAGGAUUGAUGGAAGAGGCAGUUUACUCGCUCGCCGUCUGAUCCUUACAAGGCACCCCGACCUACGUCCACGAUAUCUCUAUCUCUUUCUCCUGCGAAUGACGGGGAUUUGGGCCUUGUCGGGUGUCUGUAGGAUAUCCUUUGCGUCCGACUUGUUGAAGGAAAAAUAUUCGUCCAAUACGAGGUGAGUAAUCGCUGUCCUGAUAUCCAGAAGCUAUUUUUGGUUAUAAGAGACGAUGGCAGAAACAUUAUGUACAGACUAAAUUACAAAUAACGCGGAAAAACACACAUAAUAGUACAAUUGGUUAGAGGGCUGUAAAAUGGCAGCCAUCUUCUCCGGCGCAAUUCACACUGAAAUCCAUUAACAUUUCCAUUCCAUCACUAGCACACCUGACUCAACUAAUCAAGGGCUUUGUGAUUACUUGACUAGUUGAAUCAGGUUUGUUUGUGCUGGAUUGAACAAAAAUGUGCUGUUGUGGGGUUCCCCAAAGAAUGGAUUAGUAAAACGUGACACAGAUGGCUUUGGACAACACCGUAAUAGCCUUAGUUCAAUCAUACACUUUUGAAUUAUUUUUUUAAUGGCAACAUGGGGAACAUGAUAGGGGUGUAUUCAUUAGUGCACAACUUAGCAAACUAUCUAAAUGUUUUCGCAACGACAAUGAGAGUUUCUUAUUGGACAAGUUCAGGUAGGUCCCUCCCCGUUUAUUGAUUUAAGUAGUAACGUUUGAUACUGUACUCAAAAGAUAUGAAUAAGAACACUGAACACUAUUUCUUUGUAAAAAUACUAUGUAAAAGACAGUAAGUUAUUUACAACCUGAUGAAUCUUUAAAGAUAUGAGGGAAGAACUGAACGAUAUUGUGAGAGGAAGGCUAUAUGUGUAAACACAAAAUGCAAACCUGUUUAAAAUCUAUUUAUAUUUUCUUGAAUAUGAGUACAUUCUUUACUCUCUAACCAACCUAAUUAACAUAUAUUUUUGAAACUUUCUGUUUCCAUUUCUUCUUCCCCUUUAGGAAACGCCAGUCCAAGGUUCAUGCGUUGCACCACCUACUCUUUCCCCAGCACGGCUGACCUGGCCAAGCAGUGCCAAGUUCCCCUGGCCACCAUAAUCAAACCCUUCGCCACAGUGCCAAAGAAUGAGGUAGGCCUUGCCCUCUGUAUGUUUGCAGAGAUUAUCCACAUUGUUUUAUAAAGUCAGACCACUAAGCCGCUUAUGAAUUCUGAACCCAAUAUGUUUAAACCCAAACACUACAUAAACGUCAGGUACAUACUGUAGAAAUGUUAGGGGAGGGAGACACUAGCACUUUUCGUUUUCCUCAGAAGCUCAAUGACUCGUAUACUUUUUUUAUUCCUUAUAAAAAUAUACUUUACGUACAAGUGCUGUAAAAGUUCUAGUGUCCUGUGGACAACCUCCAUUUGGAUCCUGUGUGGUCCCAGGAAACCUGACUUAGAUAUUCUUCCCCUCGCAUUGUCAUCGGCACCAAAGGGCCUUUUUAGGCAACGUUAAUGUAGCUUUCUCUCUGUCUCAUAGAGAGAGCUAAUCAGCUAAUGUCAAGAUAUGCGGGGACCACAGAAGAUGAAAGCGGUUUAAAAAAGCACUCAUGUCAAGCACAUUGCCAUCUCAGGUUAGCACUCAGUGUCCAGACAGUGCUAGCACAAUUCCCAUAGUAGGAAGUUAACGUAUGCUAAAGCGCUGCAUGGAUUCCAUAUCAAACGAGCUAGCAUUUUAUCAGCACGUUAGCAUUGUUGUUUGAAAUGAAUGACCUAACUGCACAAGCACUCGAGUCUUAACGUUAAACUCUUGUAUCGCACUUGAACUUAUUAUAAACAAAUGUAUAAUAACAUCACGUCCUCUUUGGAUGAACUGUUCUAAUACUAUAACUACUUGGCUGCAUUGACGUCUGUCUGCAGUUUUAUGGCCUUGGAGCGCCUAUGAAACCCUUACUGUAGUACUUGUUUAUAUACUGUUGUAUGUAAAAGCCUCCCUUCAAGAAAGAGGAGAAACCAAGGUUCCCUGAACUGGUUCCUUCCCCUGGUUAAAAGUCUAAUUGGAGUUUCUCAGGAUAGAUUUAGAUUAGCUUUACGCCUAGUAGUGACCAUAUUUUAGACAAUGUUUUGGUUGUUAGGCUACAAUGUUUUGGAUAGUAUAUCACUUCUGUGGUGCUAAUAUAUUAUCUGAACCCAUUGAAUGAGGCUUGGCUCUAAGAUUUUAUGCCCUCAAAUAAAUCUUCUAACUAAGGCUAUUUGAACUGGGUGCGCACGUGUGUGUGUGUGUAUAUAACAUGUGCGCACAGUUUGUUUUUGCUAAUAAAUGUAUGAGUAUACAGACUUUGUGCACAUGAGCAUUUUAGAGGCAAUUUUUACCAUAUGUUCCCAUGGGUUGGUUUGUGUGUGUUAGUGCUGAGCGAUUAGUGUUUUUUGAGGUCGGUUCGAUUAUUUAAAAAUAAUCAGAUUUCGAUUAUGUUUUUAGACAUUAAAUGCACUAUGCAUUAUGUGGGUUGAAUGCUGUAACACAGAAUAAAACAAUUAAUAAAAGUCCCAUGAUGGUAGUGACUACCCGUUACUGCUUAUCACUUAUUAACCAUACUUUAUUCACAUUAUUUAAGUUUAAAUUACAUUUGUUUUAAUUAGAUUACUUUAUUAUUUCAUUCAACGUGAUCUCUAUAGAGCUGCUGCCUUUGCUGUCUGGAAAAAAAUAUUUGUGUUUUAGUCGUUUUUCAAAGUAAUUAUGCAUACUUUUAUGACUGCUAAAUACCAACUAUCUAUCACUUAGAUCAUGUAUUUUCUGGUAGAGAUACCUCACGAAGCAAGUGCUCGCUAUCCCUCUCGAUCGCGCAUUCUUCUGUCUCUUCUCUCGGUGUCUGCUCCACACUAACUUACCGUAGCGGGUGUAAAAGAAACACACAGACUGGACAAGUAGGCGCGCAAUGGAUUAUCGUCGUUGUAGUUAAUUACCACGUAUUCUGCGCUAAACUAUGUAGAAUAUUGGCCUGUUGGAAACUACAACUCCCUAUUUCAACUUUCAAAUGGUACCACCGAGAUGGUUGGAGGUCCACACAUCAGAGAAUGUUGACUUGAAUGGGAAUGUUUUUUUAAAUUAUACUGUCAAUCCUCCAUAGGAAACAUUUUGAAAACAUAGAAAUAUAGAAAAUAAAUGACAAUUGUAAGUUGACAUUCGAUGGUGGGUGGACCUACGGUCAUCUUUGUGGUAGUAAUUAGAAGUUUACAUUUCAAUUUCAGUGGUGUACCUGCUAAAUUGCAGUGCUCUGAAUGGAUAGGUCCAUUCUAUGAAUUAUAUUUCUAUGAUUGAAAUGACUGUGUUUAAGAGCAUGUUGGGUCUCAACCGAUGGCGUGCAAAACACAAAAUCAGAUCAUGUGAAAUGGGGUCUAAGCUACAACAUACGAAUAUGAAGAAAAAAAUCAGAGUUCACGCGUCUUUUAUAUAAUUGACAUUAAAGGUUUUAAAAAUGACAAUUUGUAUUAAAGCAGUUUGACCACUGUUUUGUAAGCUUUUAAAUGAUAUCAAACUCAACCGUUUAUCUUUUCCAGUGAUGAAGAAAUGGAUGUCUCAUGGUAUGGUGGGGUAUGCAAAAUGGGUCAACUUUGAGCACCUUUAUCUCUUAAAUGUUUUGGCAUUCAGGUCCAAAAAGUUACUUUCUGAGCACUAUUUCUACAAUGGGCAAAUAUGUAUGGAAGGUUUCGUUCAAAGCAAAAGGGGUGCUGUCAAAAAGUGAUUGAAUUCAAAUAGAUUACCCACUCUGUUGGACAAGGGUUAAGGGUUUGAUAAAAGUUAAAUUUUUGACUGAAACCUUGCAUCCUGGUCAUGAUUACUGAUAUAUGAAUUAUACAGUCAAUGACUGGAUGCUUCUGUUGGUGUAUAGCCAGCUGGUGCUACUCUAUAAACUGGUGAAGAUGAGGGCAAUGGAAUGCAUGGUCAUCAUCAUGGUUAACCUGAAGCCCGUAUAUUUCACACAAACGACCAAAUAAGGAAUAAUCUAUCUGUACAGUUGACUAUAGCCUACAGUUGACUCUAAAACAAACAGAUGUGUGACAGCUGUCUUAUGAGACUGACUAUCUCCUCUGUUGUGUGGCCCAGACUCCUAUGUACGUCGUGAACCAUGGUGAGACCGGCCCAAUCCGCUGUAACCGCUGCAAGGCCUACAUGUGUCCCUACAUGCAGUUCAUCGACGGCGGCCGCCGUUACCAGUGCGGCUUCUGCAAUUGCGUCAACGAAGGUACGUCCACCCAUAACAAGGAGCCGAUGCGGGGCCUUAUUGGGUCAUAAUGGUCUGUGGCUAAAAAUCAGCUAAGGAUCUGACCAACCUUUUUGAAGAUCAAAGCUAAAAUAGGUUGCUUUAAUUUGGGUAACCAAAAUCUCAAUGAUAGUUUUUUGGGUUAUUCUUAAUAUUUCUGACAUAAGUUCCAACCAGUGCUGUGCUUUGGGUUAAUUUGGAACUUUCUUUUAUAUAGAACCUAAUGCACUCAGGUAGGGGACACUGCCUGAGAAAGACAGUAAAGGGGGGUGGUUGCUAAGCAGAGGCAAUAUUAUGUUUGGGUUUGUUUUUGUCACCGCUGCUAAAACACGUUAUUUUGUUCUUUCACAGUGCCAGCCUUUUAUUUCCAACACCUGGACCACAUGGGCAGAAGGGUGGACUUCUACGAGAGGCCAGAGCUGUCGCUGGGGUCCUACGAGUUCGCCGCCACCCUGGAUUAUUGCAAGGUAUGCGAUUCCCUACUAUUGCAGUUUUUCUGCCUUUAUAGUGAACCGUAUGUAUGAUAUUGCUUGGUUUCAUUUUAUACAAAUAGACAGAAAUAGGAAUUGGUAGAAACUAGUUUGAAUGACUUUUGUAUGGAUGAAAAGUUAAUUAAAUCAAUAUUCUAAGUAGUUUAUACGUCACCAAUAGACCCAAUAGCUUACAAUGUGAAUUGACAUGGGGGGGGGGGGGGGGAAGCUGUGACAAUGCAUGGAUAAAACGUUCAAUGCUUGGCAAGAGUCUAUCUCCUAAAAACUUAUAUGGACAGAAAGUGAAAGUUAUUAGGAUCUCCAGUCCCAGUGGUCUUUCUGAGGGGGGUCUAUAAAUUGUGUGUGUGUAGGGAGGAGGGGCUCACCUCUUGGCAGACACUGCAUUCUUCAUUCAGGACCAGAUGAUUAGAAGGAAGCACAGGCAAAAGCAUGUUCAGUUCUGUUCCGUCCAGACCACUGCAUUAAAGCCAAAAGAUCUCAAUAGGUUCUCCAUUUUGUUGUGCUCUGUGGGGUUGUCUUUUCUUGUACAUUCUGAGUAGAGGUAGGUGGGGGCUAGCAACUUAACGUUUCGCUACUUAAGCCAACGUGUUACUUCAGUCUGUUUAUUAAUAUUUGGAAAUGUAGUCCCGGACGGCUUUUAUCGAAAGCCUCAGAGGUAAGCUAUGUCACAGACUGUUACCGCGGAAACAAAACAAUGGCAUGCUCAUCCACAUUCCUAACAUGGAGGGCAGUCGGAUGUUACAUAGUCCCUCCUAACGGCUCCAAGAUCCAAGCAAGCUGUACGUUUAAACACAAAUAAAGUACUGGGUGUGGUGGAGGUAUGAAGAGUCCAUUGACCAAUGUAGUUUUGAUGAGAGUAGCCUACAAUUUCAAAGGUUAAGGGAUAAGUGGCUUCAGUGUAAACACUUGGCACUAUGGCCAAUAUACCACGGUUAAGGGCUGUUCUUAUGUACGACGCAACGCGGAGUGCCUAGAUACAGCCCUUAGCUGUGGUAUAUUUGCAAUAUACCACAAACCCCCGAGGUGCCUUAUUGCUAUUAUAAGCUGGUUACCAACAUAAUUAGAGCAGUAAAAAUAAAUGAUGUUCUGUCAUUCCCGUGGUAUACGCUCUGAUAUACCAUGGCUUUCAGCCAAUCAGCAUUCAGGGCUCGAACUUGUGAUGAAUGAGCCGUCUGAUUCAAUGAAUCAGCAUCUGUUUACAUUUACAUUUUAGUCAUUUAGCGACGCUCUUAUCCAGAGCGACUUACAGUUAGUGCAUUCAUCUUAAGAUCACAAUCGUAUCAAGUACAUUUUCCCUAAAAGUAUUUAUCAUCAAAGUGAGUGCUAGUGGGAAAAGAGAAGUGUCUGUUUUUUUUGGGGGGUGUCGGGGGCACCGUGAUUUAUUUAAGAUAAUCUUCAAAGCGGUAGGGUUUCAGAUGUUUUCGAAAGAUGGGCAGGGACUCCGCUGUCCUACAUUUACAUUUGACAUUUUAGUCAUUUCGCAGACGCUCUUAUCCAGAGCGACUUAGUUUAGUGAGUGCAUACAUUUUUAAAAAAAAAUUUCAUACUGGUCCCCCGUGGGAAACGAACCCACAACCCUGCCGUUGUAAACGCCAUGCUCUACCAACUGAGCUACACAGGACUACACUUUAGGGGAUGCCGGGACAGAGAAGAGAUUUGACUGGGCUGAGCGGGAGCUGCCCUCCCGUAGGGUUGGGAUGGCCAAGAGACCAAAUGUGGCGGAACUGCGUGCUCGGGUUGGGUUGUAGGGUUUGAGCAUAGCCUGAAGGUAAGGAGGGGCAGUUCCCCUUGCUGCUCCGUAGGCAAGUACCAGGGUCUUGAAGAUGAUGCGAGCUUCAACUGGAAGCCAGUGGAGUGUGCAGAGGAGCGGGGUGACAUGGGAGAACUUAAAAAGGUUGAACACUAGGCGGGCUGCGGCAUUCUGGAUAAGUUGCAGGGGUUUAAUGGCAUAAGCGGGGAGCCCAGCCAACAGAGAGUUGUAGUCUAGACGGGAGAUGACAAGUGCCUGGAUUAGGACCUGCGCCGCAUCCUGUGUGAGGAAAGGUCAUACUCUACGGAUGUUGUAGAGCUUGAACCUGCAGGAGCGAGUCACUGCUUUGACGUUUGCAGAGAAUGACAGGGUGUUGUCCAGGGUCACGCCAAGGUUCUUUGCACUCUGGGAGGGGAACACCCUGGAGUUGUCAACCGUGAUGGAGAGGUCUUGGAGCAGACAGGCCUUCCCCAGGAGAAAGAGCCGACAUCCAAGCUGAGAUGUUUGGCCAUUGGAGGCAAGGUCAAUUGUGUUGAUUUUAUGGUAUAAUUCAACAGUAGUUGUGUUGGUGUUUCAGGGUUUUAAAACUGCAUUUAGACAGUCAAAUAUAUUUUAAAUACAGCAAAAUAUGAGCAAAUAAAAGAAAAGAAAUAAGGUGAAGUAACACAGUAGUUGAAUUGAAUUUGUAAUUCAAAAUGUUGUCGCUCUUUCUCUCGGUCUGUCAGAACAACAAGCCAGCCAGUCCUCCAGCGUACAUCUUCAUGAUCGACGUGUCCUAUGCCAACAUCAAGAGUGGACUGGUCAGACUGGUGUGUGAGGAGCUGAAGACCCUGCUAGACAACCUGCCCAGGUACACACACAUAAGCAUACGCACACACACACACACGCAAGCUAUCAAACACUGACCUCUCAUAAUCAAGGAAUAGAGCCUUGAACCGCCUGCAUUUGAGCACUUUCUAGAAACUGGCCCAACAUCGCUCUGCCUACAGCCUAGCUCCAAGGUCUUUUAUAUAAAAUCUGCCAACUUGGAGUGAUAGAGGUCUUUUGAGACCCACUACAUAGCCUUGGAGGUCACAGUGAAACUACGUAAGCUGUCUCCAAUGUCAGAAUCCUUCAUACAAUGCUGUGCCCUCUAAGGUGUUAUGAGUAAUGAGAUACCAUGCUAACUGGUGUCUCAAGGCAGAGAGAAACCACAUUUAGAUUUAUGGAAGUGUUGGUUUUCGACACCCCCAUCAGCCAUAAUGUGUAGCUGGGUGGUUUGUUAUUUGGGUGGUGGGCUGCGAUACACUGCCAAAUAAGGAGGUCCCACAAGUCCAAGGCAAAGAAAAAAGCUUUAAGCCAAGUAUUCAAGUAUCUCAUCGGUUGAAAAUUAUUGCCUGAAGGUUGUUGGGAGUAGGUUGGUGGGAGGGGGGAGAUGCUAGGGGGAGGGAAAGAAGGAGGGUGGCCUAAGACGGAAAAUGUUAUUGUGCAGAUUCCAACCUUGAAUCCCGUCUAAAACACAAGAAGUCCGCUGCACAGAUGGGUCUGAUUUUGGCCGUUUUAUGUGGGUCGCCGGCGAGGAAAAAAGGUUUUGAUUUAUCACUGAGAAAACGAUUCUAUACUUCACCUGGCCUUUCCUAAAAUAACUUAUUUGGAAACUUGCUCUCGCCCCUAGCCUGCAGCCUUAUGGACAUAUUUGUACAGAACCCUUACGUCACCCCCGAAACAGCUAGUAGUGUUCUCCCUGUUCUCCGUUGUGAAGCUUUGCUCUCUGCUGCAUUUAAACUGAUGGAAAACAUGUUGGACACCCAACACUUAUAUGGAUGAGCAAUGCUGCCGAAAUAGUCACAUCUUUGCCUCUAGCUUGUUAGGGGGGAAACGGGGCUCGGAGAAAGCAAAAACAGGUGUAGACUAAAUCCUGUAGUAUUUCUCUCUGUCAUCUUAAUAUUUCAUCAUUGAUACUGGGUAUGAAAACAAGCAAUAACAAGCCUGCAUUGCCGGACUGCUUCUCCUAUCAGUUCUUAUGAAUGAUGUUGAUAGAAGUCCGCUCUAUGGGACUUUACAUUGAGUUGAGGUACAUGUUCCGUAUUGCUCUUGCAGUGCUCAGAAAGAAAGGGAGACAAGCCCCUUGUCAGAUGGGGAAUGAUUUUACAUGUCGUUUUUAAUAGUGAGGGUUUUAGAUACAGGCCCCAGUUCAACAGACCUACUAGUCCCACAGGCUCUGGUCUAUGUCACACUUGGUUCUCUCUACUACCUUCCCUCUAGCCUCGUCAAAACAAGUUGGUUUUAUCUCGACUGCGUUGAAUUCUCUCCAGUCCAUGAAAAUGAAAGCGAGAUCUGUAAAAGGGAGGGAAACAGUCAUAUAUUUCAUUGACAGUUUCUUAUUAAUGUAAUUGAACUUCUGUUGAGGUUGGAGAGGAGUGUGUGUGUUUGUGAGAGAAAGAGAAGGAAAUUGUUGGUGUAGUUUAAUGUGUGAGAAAGUGUGUGUGUGUGCUUAAUUGAAAGCAUACGUGGCCCCUUGUUUCCUUCACCUAUCAGCACUUUGCCCUGAAGAAAAACAACUCUACGCCUCUCUCCUCAGCCCCUCUAAGCCUCAAUACCCCACUACCCCUCCUAGAGAAAAAGCAAUGUCAGGACCUUCUGAAGUCUAACUCUCCAACACACUCGCUCUCUUCCUCCCGCUCUCCUCUGCCAAUAAACGAUCCCAUAUUCUGUUAUUCCACUCUUCCGUGGAUGUUUGUGUAAGUUCAUUAGGCGUGCCUGGGUAAUGGGCCUUUUAAUUAGCUGAGUGGUGGCUGCUGCAAGAGGUGCCCAUCCUCGGAAUAAGACUCUCUCCCAUUUUGUUUUGGUUUGCCCUAAAAAAGCAAUUCUGCCCCCAGGAAUGUUUUUAGCGCAUUGGUUUGCCUACCCUAAAACUUCACUGUGAUUUAUAGGGCGGGAAGUUGUUUUGGUAGAUCAAAUAAAUAUACAAAGGUCCUCAAACCAAGCAUGAAAUAGGGCCUCAGCUUUGAUGUAGUGAUCUCGGAGUGGUCCAUGGAGAGUUGUGGGAAAGCCAUUAGCUCUCUAAUUUAUCAUUACCUCUUGAAGCAUCCAUAACCAAAUCAUGGACCAAAAGGAUAGGAGCAAUUUCAUAAGUCAGCUUUGACUUGGCUGUUAUCUAUGCUGUAGGACUGUAUGUAUAGUUAGCUGAAGCUAACAUACCUGGGUUCAAAUACUAUUUGAAAUCUUUCAAAUAUGUUGAGCGUUUUGCUUUAGCCUGCCUGGAGUGCCAGAUGGGCAGAGUUUACACAUUUGGGACUAUUCUAUUGUUUCCAUUACACCAUGAAAGUUCAUUCAAAGACAGCUGAAGUAUUUUAGUGAUUUCAAAUAGUGUUUGAAACCAGGUCUGAUAGCUACCGCUAAGUGCAUACAGUGUGUAUCCACAUUGAUUUGUGAUCCGUUCAUGUCAGGAACAGUCUUUUAAAAUAUCAUGUUUAGAAUAACACUUCAGAAUAGGGGACUUAUUGCUGCUUAUUGGCCAUUAUGUCAAAGUGGAUAAACGACUACAACAUUUGAUUACUUCAUAUACGCUGUAACAUAGUUCCCUCUAAGGACCAGCAUGGUUAGAAAAAAAAUAAAUUCCCAUCUGGUCCCAAAUCUGUGUGUUUUAGACAUGAUUAUAAUUCAUGACUCACACCAGGCUACUCUUUCUCUCUCUCUCUCUCUCUCUCUCCCCCCUCUAUUGACACACACACACACACACACAUUCAUCUCGCACUUUUUUCCUCUCUUCCUCCCCCACAGAGAGGAUGGUGCUGAGAGCUCGAUGGUGAAGGUGGGCUUCGUCACCUACAACAAGAUCCUACACUUCUACAACGUGAACAGUGCCCUGGCCCAGCCCCAGAUGAUGGUAGUAUCCGACACGGCAGAGAUGUUCGUCCCGCUGCUCGACGGCUUCCUUGUCAACUUCCAGGAGUCGUGCGCAGUCAUCAACAAGUAAGAGAAAGGGCACAUCUCUGACAUGAGAGUUGAUUUGAGUAGUGAUCCUUGAUGGCAUAUUUUCUAAUAUUUAGAUAUGUUAAUUAGUGUGUAUGAAAGGCCAUAGGUAAUGUGAGGAAGCUGAACCUCUUGAAGAAGGCAUUGACACUGUUUAGCUUAUAUAGCCCAAUGGAAGCUCUUUGUUUAGAAAAAAUAACAAGAUAAUCUCUGCACACUGCAAUCUAUGCUCCAAAGUCGGACAACCUGAUGAAGACAAAAGGGUGAAAAUCUUGUCUGGAUGAAUCUUACUUUGGAGCGUAGUGUGUUAGUAGUGGUUGUUUUCUUUUUGCUAAACGUAUACUUUGUCUUUAUAUCUCCAGCUCCUUCUCAAAGCCCAUGGAUGUGCCUCUAUUUCUGUCGAAGCUGAUUUCUGAGCUACAUAUUUCAUGUGGUAAUAACAAAUGUUGAAUGACAGCAUUUGAUUAUCUUGCCCAUCAGAAGGUUUCCAAAGCCUCAUUUUCUCUGCAUCUCUAGUUUGUGGUUUUCAUCAUAAACGCCAAGAUGGCGUUGAAAAACAGUUACGUCCAGAGAAUGCUUAGGAGGUUAAGUGGUCCCUGGAAAGAUUUUAUAUUAAAAAUACUUGUGGAUUUAUAUGGGAAAAUAGUCUUAUCUAUGCAGUUGUGUAUGGCACCAAAAUGAUUUAUCACCACUUUAUAUUUUGGUAUGUCUAUGCAGUCGUACAGAGUACAUGGCGGUAGUCCAUGUCAAACAGGGACCUUUGGCUAAAUCUCUUACUCCCGAUAUAAUUAAACAAAUGUGAGUUGAGGCCUUGGUUUAGAUCCAAAUAUGACUUUAGAAGAAUUGAGUUGCUGCUAGAAAGGGGUUUUGUCUACUGUAUGACCUGUGAAAUGGACUCUUCUGAACUGUUCAUGUGCAUCAUAGUCCCCCAAUGAUCUGUGGAAUUGUAAGGACAUUGCCUUUCGAUCUAACCACUUGCUGUCCCAGUGAUCUAAAAUAACUUUCUUAUUUCUCUUCCUUAGAAACCACAGAAAGGUGAAAGUACUACGGUCAAUGUCCAUCCAGUUAACUAAUUAUCCUUAUAGAUUAGCUGUCAUAAAGGAGGCAAUGAAACAGAGCUAUUUAACACGAUUAUCUACCAAGUGUUGAAAACCAAUGUACCAGAGGUGAACGAUUGUGACACUGUCCCUCUCUCUUAACCCCUUUCCAGUCUCCUGGACCAGAUCCCUGACAUGUUUGCAGACACCAACGAGAGCGAGACAGUCUUUGCCCCUGUCAUCCAGGCUGGGGUAGAGGCACUGAAGGUGAGAGGCUGGAUGUCAACUCCCACUCACACACAAGGGAAGGGAAGAUGGCAAGCCAACAGUUACUUUGUCCAGGUGGUGAUGGACACUAAAGUGCUGAUUUCACUUAAAUUGUUUAUUUACAUUAGGAUAGAUACAAAAACACUGACAUAUUGAAAUGAAAAGACAACAGAUUAAAAGACAACAUACUCACAUAAUAAGUUGAUCCUACUAGAUUAUUAUCAACCAAUCUUAAAACUAAAGGAAGUAGAAUAGUCCAAACAAAUAACAGCUGUAGAGGCCAACUUAACUUUUUGCAGUCACAGCCUCCUUACCGCCAACUCUCCCCCCAAAACAGGGAUUGUUUUCUUUUGUCGACACAGACUGUUAUGCUGCGCUUUCUCCAACUCAAUGACUUUGCAACUUUCCUUUUCGCUUCCUAAUAGAACUGUUUAUUUAAUCGGCUCCAACUGGAUAUUUCCCAACGACUUGUCUUCAGUUUGAUUGAAUGUGUGGUAGAGGUCAAAUAGAUUUGACAUGUGAACAGACAGCCUUGCAGAAAAUGCUAGUACUGGCAUAAUGGUGAGUUAGUAACUCAUUUGGGUCGGUAAGACUGUUGACUAUUGCCUUAGCAAUCUGUUGACCUAGAAACUCCAACCAUAGAAUCCCCUCACUGAAAAUGAACACACAGAGACCCGUCCAGGUCAAAUCAAUGUUGUUCCCUUCAUUGAAACAGUCCCACAAGGAAAUACAUUUAUGUGCACACCUUUUUCUUAUAUUAGCACUCUCCUUUUAUCUCUCUUGUCUCUCUCUAGUGUGAUUAUUUAUUUGCGUCCUCUCCAGGCAGCAGAAUGCAGCGGCAAGCUGUUCAUCUUCCACUCCUCCAUCCCCACCGCUGAGGCCCCUGGGAAACUGAAGAACAGGGACGACAAGAAGCUGAUAAACACAGAGAAGGAAAAGGUGAAGCAAAAUUGGCAGUCUUUUAACAUUUGUAUUCAAAAUGCGGACUUUAAAUGCACCAUAUCAUCGGCUAUCACAUUUUUUUGACUGGGUGAGAUAUCCAUAGCCUGCUGUCUGUGUGUUUGUGUGUCCUGUCUUGUUUGGGUCCCCUGCGGUGUCCUAGACUCUGUUCCAGCCCCAGAAGGCUGUCUAUGAGCAGCUGUCCAAGGACUGUGUGUCUCAGGGCUGCAGCGUGGACCUCUUCCUCUUCCCCAGCCAGUACGUGGACAUCGCCACUAUGGGAGAUGUCCCCACACACACAGGAGGCUCCGUCUUCAAGUACAGCAACUUCCAGGUACAUACACAUUACAUCCACAGCCGAGGACAGACGCCACAACCCAACAUAUAAAUAUUUUGUAGUCCACAGUCCAUAAAGUCAAAUAAACCAAUAAAUAAAUAAUGUGAUAAUGAAAUUUGUAAGGAGGGAGGGAGCAACAUGGUCACAGCCACGGGAAAACCUUGGGAGCCUAAGUCCGAGUUAGGCACCACCACCAAACAUGGCAUGGUAGAACGGGAUAGUUUGUAUUUUGUCCAAACUGCCAUUUGAGUCCACCAAUUGUUCUGUUAUUGAACAAAUGUGAUGAAUCACAUUACCUUAAAUGCAUUAGAGCCUAAAUUGCAUUCAGAUCUUGGCCCUGGUACAAUAGUCCAUGGAGGGUAAUUGUGGAAACUCUGCCACCUUGUGGUUGACUGUAGCACUACCUGUGUAUUUCAGGUGGACAUGGAUGGAGAGCAUUUCUUGAGUGACCUGAGGAAGGAUGUCGAGAAGGCCAUCGGGUUUGAUGCCAUCAUGAGAGUCCGCACCAGCACAGGUAAUUCAGCCAUCUAAUGUAUUAAGUGUAUGAACUCAUUUCAUUGCCCUUGUAUGUACUCAGAAACCCCAAAAUAUGUACAGUCUCGAUUGUAGGAAUUUUUAUUUUAUUACAUUUGUUUCCAACAGUUUUACAAGGUCGCCAGAUAAUUCCAUUGCAUUGAUUAAAAUUUGAGGUAAAAUUGAUUUUAAUACUGCUGGACUGUACUGCCACUCCAAGAUACUUACUAAUAGGUGUCCCUUGUCUCUCCUUCCAGGCUUCAGGGCUACAGACUUCUUUGGUGCCAUCCACAUGAACAACACCACAGAUGUGGAGAUGGCUGCCGUGGACUGUGACAAGGCUGUGACGGUGGAGUUCAAACACGACGACACACUUAGCGAGGAGACGGGCGCUCUCAUGCAGGUGUGUCUCGCAACCACUCAUAAAACUCAAAACGAACAAUGUGAAUCUAAUUUUAGAAUGGUUGCCACUAAUAGAUAUUUAGGUUCACUGCAAAGUGGGUAUUUGACUGCAACCAAAACAAAAAUAUGCAUCACAUUUAAUAACCAGUGGUGUAAAGUACUUUGAAGUACUACUUAAGUUGUUUGAGGGUAUCUGUACAUUACUCUUUAAUUUGACAACUUUUUAACUCCACUACAUUCCUAAAGAAAAUAUGUACUUGUUACUCCCUUACAUUUUCCUACACCAAAAAGUAUGAUACAUUUCUAAUGCUCAGGCAGGACAGCAAUAUGGUCCAAAUCAUGCACCUGUGAAUAUAAUGUGUUGUCAUCCCCACUGCCUCUCAUCUGGCAGACUCACUAAACAUUUUAUAAAUUGUGUUGGCGUGUGCCCCUGGCUAUCCGUAAAUAAAAAAACAAGAAAAUCAGGCUGUCUGGUUUGCUUAAUAAAAGGAAUUUGAUGUAUAACAUUUACUUUUACUCAAGUAUGACAAUUAGGGUUCCACAAAGCCUUAAACAUCCUAUUCUGAUAUGUUAGAUUAAAACCCUGACAGUCUUUUAACCCACUAAUGGCUUCUGUGUGUGUUCCGUUUCCCAGUGUGCAUUGCUGUACACGACCAUCAGCGGCCAGCGGCGUCUGCGGAUCCACAACCUCAGUCUGAACUGCAGCGCACAGCUGUCUGAGCUCUACAAGAGCUGUGAGACGGACGCCCUCAUCAACUUCUUCACCAAGUCAGGUGACUACACACAGCAGAGUAUUACUGUCUUUAGGCCUGUGUCAGUAUGGUCCAAAUGAGAGAAAUAUCCUAUAAGUGUAUCAUAAGACAUUAUAAAUCCACUUUAAAGGCAUUAUGUAUGUUUGCCUCAUAGAAGUUACCAAAAGGUUUGAUUGAAGAAGAGAUACCUCCUGAACUUGUCCAUUUGGAAUGUUCAUGUAUAUUUCCUGUUUGAAUAUAUUCGCUCCCUCCCAUCUAGGCAUAUUGAAUGAGAUUCGGGUAUAAAUAAUAUCAGUUAAAUACCACUUAGUAGUGGAACAUAGCUGGCUGAUGUGUAAUUCUGCAUUAUAUACAGCAUACUCAUACCCUAUAUGUACAGUGAGCUCAAAGUAUUUGGACAGUGACCAUUUUUGUUGUUGUUUUGGCUUUGUACUCCAGCACUUUGGAUUUGAAAUUACAGUACUUUUUGUACAUAGUCCCCCCAUUUUAGGGGACCAAAAGUAUUUGGACAAAUUCACUUAUGUGUAUUAAAGUAGUCAAAAGUAUAGAAUUUGGCCCCAUAUUCCUAGUAUGCAAUGACUACAUCAAACUUGUGACUCUGCAAAUGCAUCCAACUAGUUUGUAAUUUGUUUUGAUUGUGUUUCAGAUUAUUUAGUGCCCAAUAGAAAUUAAUGGUAAAUGUAUUGUGUCAUUUUGGAGUCACUUAUAUUGUAAAUAAGAAUAGAAUAUGUUUCUAAACACUUAUACAUUAAUGUGGAUGCUACCAUGAUUAUAGAUACACAUGAAUUAAUCGUGAAUAAUGAUGAGUGAGAAAGUUACGGAGGCAUAAAUAUCAUACCCCCCAAAAAAUGCUAACCUCCCCUAUUAUUCGGUGAUGGUGAGAGCAUGUCUUGUGGGUAUGAUCUUUGUGCCUAACCUUUCACUCAUCAUUAUUCACCAUUCAUUCAUGAUUAUCUGUAAUUUUCUAAACACUUCAUGCUUCACUUUAGCUACCUUGUAUAUGUAAAUCACCUUAAGAAAACUAAGAGGUGAAGUAACUUUUAAAAGCAGAACCAUAUGCCUCCCAUAAAGUAUUAGUGACAAGCAAACCCCUUGGAUGAGACCACUUCAAAUCAAAUGUAUUGGUCACAUACACAUGGUUAGCAGAUGUUAUUGCGGGUGUAGCGAAAUGCUUUUGCUUCUAGUUCCGACAGUGCAGCAAUAUCUAGCAAGUAAUAUCUAACAGUUCCACAACAAAACCUAAUACACACAAAUCUAAGUAAAAGAAUGGAAUAAGAAUAUAUAAAUAUAUGGAUGAGCAAUGUCAUUAUCAUUAUCAGAGUGGCAUAGGCUAAGAUGCAAUAGAUAGUAUAGAAUACAGUAUAUACAUAUGAGAUGGGUAAUGCAAGAUAUGUAAACAUCAUUAAAGUGACUAGUGUUCCAUUUAUUAAAGUGGCCAGUGAUUUUUAAGUCUAUGUAGGCAGCAGCCUCUCUGUGCUAGUGAUGGCUGUUUAACAGUCUGAUGGCCUUGAUAUAGAAGCUGUUUUUCAUUCUCUCGGUCCCAGCUUUGAUGCACCUGUACUGACCUCGCCUUCUGGAUGAUAGUGGGGUGAACAGGCAGUGGCUCGGGUGGUAGUUGUCCUUGAUUAUCUUUUUGGCCUUCCUGUGACAUCGGGUGCUGUGGGUGUCCUGGAUGGCAGGAAGUUUGCCCCCGGUGAUGCGUUGUGCAGACCGCACCACCCUCUGGAGAGUCCUGCGGUUGUGGGCGGUGCAGUUGCCGUACCAGGCGGUGAUACAGCCCGACAGCAUGCUCUCAAUUGUGCAGACAGGUUUAGCGUGGGAACACAGUUACUGACCUUCAAAUGCCCUCUACCUCUCCCUUCCUCCCCCUCUCCCUCCCAGCGUACCGUGCCAUGCUGAACCAGCCCCUGAAGACGGUGAGGGAGAUCCUGGUCAACCAGAUGGCCCACAUGCUGGCCUGCUACAGGAAAAACUGUGCCAGUCCCUCCGCUGCCAGCCAGGUCAGUGGCAUACAACACAGUUAACUUGAAUAGAGAACGUUAUUCUCCAUUUGUGACAAAUUGUCUUUGUGUAUGUAGGGUAAUAUGUGAACGCUUUCUACUAAUCCAGCACUGUGAGGUGUGUAAGAUUGUGGUGUUAUUCACUCAUAGGUCAGUGUGUGAAUGCUAAAAACUGAACAUGGCGCAGCAUAUGGUCUCUAGGGACAUGAAGUAUACUAACAUCCAGAAACGUACAGGUGCAGAGUACAAAAGUAAACUGAUAAAAGACAGAUUCCGGCACACUUGAUUCCUACUGCAGUUUUAUGCUUGCUUUCGUCUUUUCAAGAAUUGCAAACAAACAAUAUUACUGUGGCAUCAGGGAGUCCUGUGUUUAUUAGGGGUGUUCUCACUAGCUCGUCUCUCCCCGUGUAGCUGAUCCUGCCUGAUGCCAUGAAGGUGUUCCCGGUCUACUUAAACAGCCUGUUGAAGACUGGUCCCCUGGUGGGCAGCGCUGAGCUCUCUACAGACGACAGGGCUCACCAGAGACUCAUCACCACAGCCAUGGGGGUGGAGGAUACCCAGCUGCUUCUCUACCCACGCCUCGUCCCACUGGUGAGACAACACACCAAGUACUCUCUCCUGCCUUAUCCCACUGAUGAAAGCAUACACACACAAACACACCCACCUCCUGCUUUACCCAUGUCCCAUCCUAUUGAUGAGAACUCUCUCUCACACACACACACACACACACACACACACUCACUCUCGUCCUUUUUACCAACUGCAAUUCCUUCUUCAUUGAGGCUAAUGGACCUCACUCUUAGUAGUUUUAUAUCACUCUUUCCCAAUCCCACUGUCCUCAUAUCAUAGUGCUGAGAUCUGACUACAAGUGAUACAAUAAAGAAACAAAUAUAUUCCUUGUGGAUCCCAGGCUAGCCAAAGGAUUCUGAGGUUAAAGACCCCUGUUCUACAGAUGAACAGCAUUUCAGUGUGCGUCUCCUAUAAGCAACUACAAUUGAGUCGAUGCAUUUACUAGUUCUUUGGUAUUGGCAUCCCUAAGGUGUGACAUCCUCUUAUUUGAUAUGCCAACUAAUUCCAUAAAUAUGAUGCCACUGUAUGAGGCUGUGUAUUGCAUGCCAGCAAUUACCCAGCACUUUAACGAAACCUGCCAUUUUGAGGUGGUAAGAAAAGUUCAAUAAAUUGUGUCCAUGAACAACUUCUGAGAAGCGUGUUUGAGGGUAAAUGUAACACUAGGCGCUGGAGGGGAUGGCUGCCGUUUUACGGGCUCCUAUCAGUAAAUCACUGGGGCCAAGCUUCCUGCCAUCCAGGACCUAUAUACUAGGCGGUGUCAGAGGAAGGCCCCAAAAAUUGUCAGACUCCAAUCACACAAGUCAUAGACUGUUCUCUCUGCUACCGCACAGCAAUUAAUCAAAUGUCCACCCGGACUAAACUCAGUAAAAAAAGAAAAGUCCUCUCAAACUUAACAUGUGUAAAUAUUUGUAUGAACAUAACAAGAUUCAACAACUGAGACAAACUGAACAAGUUCCACAGACGUGACUAACAGAAAUGGAAUAAUGUGUCACUGAACAAAUGGGGGGGUCAAAAUCAAAAGUAACAGUCAGUAUCUGGUGUGGCCACCAGCUGCAUUAAGUACUGCAGUGCAUCUCCUCCUCAUGGACUGCAACAGAUUUGCCAGUUCUUGCUGUGAGAUGUUACACCACUCUUCCACCAAGGCACCUGCAAGUUCCCAGACAUUUCUGGGGGGAAUGGCCGUAGCCCUCACCCUCCGAUCCAACAGGUCCCAGACGUGCUCAAUGAGAUUGAGAUCCGGGCUCUUCGCUGGCCAUGGCAGAACACUGACAUUCCUGUCUUGCAGGAAAUCAUGCACAGAACGUGCAGUAUGGCUGGUGGCAUUGUCAGGCUGGAGGGUCAUGUCAGGAUGAGCCUGCAGGAAGGGUACCACAUGAGGGAGGAGGAUGCCUUCCCUGUAACGCACAGCGUUGAUUGCCUGCAAUGACAACAAGCUCAGUCCGAUGAUGCUGUGACACACCGCCCCAGUCCACGACGGACCCUCCACCUCCAAAUCGAUCCCUCCAGAGUACAGGCCUUGGUGUAACGCUCAUUCCUUCGACGAUAAACGCAAAUCUGACCAUCACCCCUGGUGAGACAAAACCGCGACUCAGUGAAGAGCACUUUUUGCCAGUCCUGUCUGGUCCAGCGACGGUGGGUUUGUGCCCAUAGGCGACAUUGUUGCCGGUGAUGUCUGUUGAGAACCUGCCUUACAACAGGCCUACAAGCCCUCAGUCCAGCCUCUAUCAGCCUAUUGCGGACAGUCCGAGCACUGAUGGAGGGAUUGUGCGUUCCUGGUGUAACUCGGGCAGUUGUUGCCAUCCUGUACCUGUCCCGCAGGUGUGAUGUUCGGAUCCUGUGCAGGUGUUGUUACACGUGGUCUGCCACUGCGAGGACGAUCAGCUGUCCGUCCUGUCUCCCUGUAGCGCUGUCUUAGGCGUCUCACAGUACGGACAUUGCAAUUUAUUGCCCUGGUCACAUCUGCAGUCCUCAUGCCUCCUUGCAGCAUGCCUAAGGCACGUUCAUGCAGAUGAGCAGGGACCCUGGGCAUAUUUCUUUAGUUUUUCAGAGUCAGUAGAAAGGCGUCUUUAGUGUCCUACGUUUUCAUAACUGUGACCUUAAUUGCCUACCAUCUAAGCUGUUAGUGUCUUAACGACCGUUCCACAGGUGCAUGUUCAUUAAUUGUUUAUGGUUCAUUGAACAAGCAUGGGAAACAGUGUUUAAACCCUUUACAAUGAAGAUCUGUGAAGUUAUUUGGAUAUUCACUAAUUAUCUUUGAAAGACAGGGUCCUGAAAAAGGGACGUUUCUUUUUUUGCUAAGUUUAAUUACAUUGACACCUCCCCCCUCCCUUUGUUUUUACACUGCUGCUACUUGCUGUUUGUCUAUGCAUAGUCACUUUACCCCUACCUACAUGUACAAGUUACCUCGACUAACUUGUACCCCUGCACAUUGACUUGGUACUGGUACCCCCUGUAUAUAGCCUCGUUAUUUUUUUAACUAUUUCUUGAACUGAAUUGUUGAUUAAGGGCUUGUAAGUAUUUCACGGUAAGGUCUACUAACAUUUAAUUUGAUGUAUAAGUUGCCCUUAGUAGAAUAAUUACAUGCUUCAUAAUUGUGACCAAAUAUCUGAGACAAUGGCGGCAGUUGUUCUCCUUCACUUCAAUUGCAGUGUUUGCUUGGAAGGGGCCAGGCACUUGUGAUUAAUUUUGUUUUAAUUUGUGUGACACUGUCACCAAACACUGCAAUUGUUUUAAAGCAACACUUUGUAAUAUUGCAAAAUUAUGGGUGGAAUGGUCCUCCUAAUAAUAUGCUGCAAACUCUGGAUUACUGCUCACUCUGACCUGAAUGAAAGUGCAAGAUGGAUUUAACUUGUCAGGCUAACUUGAUGGGUAAAAAAAAUAUAUUUGCAAUCUCAUCCAAUACUAUUUGGUUGGGGUACAUGUCAAUACUCUUUUGCAGGGAUGCAUCUACAGUGGGGGGAAAAAAGUAUUUAGUCAGCCACCAAUUGUGCAAGUUCUCCCACUUAAAAAGAUGAGAGAGGCCUGUAAUUUUCAUCAUAGGUACACGUCAACUAUAACAGACAAAAUGAGGGAAAAAAUCCAGAAAAUCACUGUAGGAUUUUUAAUGAAUUUAUUUGCAAAUUAUGGUGGAAAAUAAGUAUUUGGUCAAUAAAAGUUUCUCAAUACUUUGUUAUAUACCCUUUGUUGGCAAUGACACAGGUCAAACGUUUUCUGUAAGUCUUCACAAGGUUUUCACACACUGUUGCUGGUAUUUUGGCCCAUUCCUCCAUGCAGAUCUCCUCUAGAGCAGUGAUGUUUUGGGGCUGUCGCUGGGCAACACGGACUUUCAACUCCCUCCAAAGAUUUUCUAUGGGGUUGAGAUCUGGAGACUGGCUAGGCCACUCCAGGACCUUGAAAUGCUUCUUACGAAGCCACUCCUUCGUUGCCCGGGCGUUGUGUUUGGGAUCAUUGUCAUGCUGAAAGACCCAGCCACGUUUCAUCUUCAAUGCCCUUGCUGAUGGAAGGAGGUUUUCACUCAAAAUCUCACGAUACAUGGCCCCAUUCAUUCUUUCCUUUACACGGAUCAGUCGUCCUGGUCCCUUUGCAGAAAAACAGCCCCAAAGCAUGAUGUUUCCACCCCCAUGCUUCACAGUAGGUAUGGUGUUCUUUGGAUGCAACUCAGCAUUCUUUGUCCUCCAAACACGACGAGUUUAGUUUUUACCAAAAAGUUCUAUUUUGGUUUCAUCUGACCAUAUGACAUUCUCCCAAUCCUCUUCUGGAUCAUCCAAAUGCACUCUAGCAAACUUCAGACGGGCCUGGACAUGUACUGGCUUAAGCAGGGGGACACGUCUGGCACUGCAGGAUUUGAGUCCCUGGCGGCGUAGUGUGUUACUGAUGGUAGGCUUUGUUACUUUGGUCCCAGCUCUCUGCAGGUCAUUCACUAGGUCCCCCCAGAUCGAGGGAGAUUAUCAGUGGUCUUGUAUGUCUUCCAUUUCCUAAUAAUUGCUCCCACAGUUGAUUUCUUCAAACCAAGCUGCUUACCUAUUGCAGAUUCAGUCUUCCCAGCCUGGUGCAGGUCUACAAUUUUGUUUCUGGUGUCCUUUGACAGCUCUUUGGUCUUGGCCAUAGUGGAGUUUGGAGUGUGACUGUUUGAGGUUGUGGACAGGUGUCUUUUAUACUGAUAACAAGUUCAAACAGGUGCCAUUAAUACAGGUAAUGAGUGGAGGACAGAGGAGCCUCUUAAAGAAGAAGUUACAGGUCUGUGAGAGCCAGAAAUCUUGCUUGUUUGUAGGUGACCAAAUACUUAUUUUCCACCAUAAUUUGCAAAUAAAUUCAUUAAAAAUCCUACAAUGUGAUUUUCUGGAUUUUUUUUCUCUCAUUUUGUCUGUCAUAGUUGACGUGUACCUAUGAUAAAUUACAGGCCUCUCUCAUCUUUUUAAGUGGGAGAACUUGCACAAUUGGUGGCUGACUAAAUACUUUUUUCCCCCACUGUAAAUACUAUGGUUCUUGUUAUAGUGUGGUCUAACAUGACAUUCAUGUGCCAGCCCCCUAAUUUGUUCAAUAAAGUAAAUGUAUUCAUUAAUCCUCCUCUUCCAGCACAACAUGGACGUUGCCAGUGACAUGGUGCCAGCUCCGGUGCGCUGUUCUGAAGAGCGCCUGACAGAUGCUGGCAUGUUCCUGCUGGAGAAUGGGUGCUCCCUCUUCCUGUGGCUGGGCCAGGCCUGCCCCCCAGAACUGAUCCAGAGCAUCUUCAACGUGACCUCCUUUGCCCACUUGCCCAUUGACCUGGUGAGGACAGUAACUUCCUUACCCCCAAGCUCUACAGGAGAUGGGGUGUUUCGAAACACUGAAGUUAGUCAUACCAUUAGUUCAGAUGGUUGCGAUAUUUGAAAAGUUAAUUCCAGACUGUGUAGAAAGCACAGCAUAUCACUAAUAUUCAUGUGUGUGUGCUUUCCAGAGGUCCCUACCAGAGCUGGAUAACCCCCAGUCUAAGAAGCUGCGCUCCAUUGUUGACUCCUUGCUUGACCAGAGGCCCAGCUCCAUGAAGGUACAGUAUUCAAUGUUGGUUACUGUGCAUACUUUCCCCAAACUAAUUUGAUAUAAUGAAAGAAUGGUAUCCGUUUUUUGAAUUGGGAAACAAACAUGUAACCAAAUUGACCACAAGUGGGCAUAACUGUCUUAAGCCCUGGGCACAAUAACAGAUCACAAAUUCAACAGGCUGCUCAAGCUUACCUGGUUUUGCCUGUAAGCAAUUGUCAAAAUGUAAGGAUUAGUGAAAUAAAUUAUUUGAAUAGACAGCUAAAAUAUAUCAAUUAAGUUCCAGGGAGAAACAAGCAGCAGGACUGUAGUACUCCAGUGCUCUGGAUAGGAGCGUCUGCUAAAUUAUGUAAAUGUAAAAUGCACAGUUUUGUUCCUCAAGUUCGGUCGUAAGCUGACUAUGUCCCCAUGUUAUCCCAAUAUAGCUCCUGAUUGUGAAGCAGAAGGACCGGUCGGAGAUGCUUUUCCGCCAGCACCUGGUAGAGGACAAGGGGCUCCACGGUGGAGCCUCCUACAUGGACUUCCUGUGCUACGUCCACCGCGAGAUCAGACAAGUCCUCACUUAA